UGACGCGCUCGCGGCCAGAAAAGCCCGGCCAGGGGGCGGGCGAGGGACUGACGGCGCGGCCCGGAGCGACCCGGACGGCCGAGCCCCUGGAAGCGAGGACCCGCCGGCAUGGCUUCGGAGAGUGGGAAGCUAUGGGGUGGCCGCUUUGUGGGCGCAGUGGACCCCAUCAUGGAGAAGUUCAACUCAUCCAUUGCCUACGACCGGCACCUGUGGGAGGUGGACGUGCAGGGCAGCAAGGCCUACAGCCGGGGCCUGGAGAAGGCAGGGCUCCUCACCAAGGCCGAGAUGGACCAGAUACUUCAUGGACUGGACAAGGUGGCUGAGGAGUGGGCCCAGGGCACCUUCAAACUAAACCCCAACGAUGAAGACAUUCACACAGCCAACGAGCGACGUCUGAAGGAGCUCAUCGGCGAAACUGCGGGGAAGCUGCACACGGGCCGAAGUCGGAAUGACCAGGUAGUCACAGACCUCAGGUUGUGGAUGCGGCAGAACUGCUCUAAACUCUCCGCCCUCCUGUGGGAGCUCAUCAGAACGAUGGUGGACCGGGCCGAGGCGGAACGCGACGUCCUCUUCCCGGGGUACACACACCUGCAAAGGGCUCAGCCCAUCCGCUGGAGCCACUGGAUACUGAGCCAUGCCGUGGCGCUGACCAGAGACUCGGAGAGGCUGUUGGAGGUCCAGAAGCGGGUCAACGUCCUGCCCCUGGGGAGCGGGGCCAUUGCAGGCAACCCUCUGGGUGUGGACCGGGAGCUGCUCCGAGCAGAACUGAACUUUGGGGCCAUCACUCUCAACAGCAUGGACGCCACCAGUGAGCGAGACUUCGUGGCUGAGUUCCUGUUCUGGGCUUCGCUGUGCAUGACCCACCUCAGCAGGAUGGCCGAGGAUCUCAUCCUCUACGGCACCAAGGAAUUCAGCUUUGUGCAGCUCUCAGAUGCCUACAGCACCGGAAGCAGCCUGAUGCCCCAGAAGAAAAACCCAGACAGCCUGGAGCUAAUCCGGAGCAAGGCGGGGCGCGUGUUUGGGCGGUGUUCUGGGCUCCUGAUGACGCUCAAGGGGCUCCCAAGCACCUACAACAAGGACUUACAGGAGGACAAGGAAGCCGUCUUUGAAGUGUCAGACACCAUGAGUGCCGUCCUGCAGGUGGCCACGGGCGUCAUCUCCACGCUGCAGAUUCACCGCGACAACAUGGCACGGGCUCUUAGUCCUGACAUGCUGGCCACUGACCUCGCCUACUACCUGGUCCGCAAAGGGAUGCCGUUCCGCCAGGCGCACGAGGCCUCCGGGAAAGCCGUGUUCAUGGCCGAGACCAAGGGGGUCGCCCUCAACCAGCUGUCGCUCAAGGAUCUGCAGGCCAUCAGCCCCCUGUUCUCGGGCGACGUGAGCCGCGUGUGGGACUACGGCCACAGCGUGGAGCAGUACGCGGCCCUGGGGGGCACAGCGCGCUCCAGCGUCGACUGGCAGAUCGGCCAGGUGCGGGCGCUGCUGCGGGCCCAGCAGGCCUAGCCCCCCACCGCACCCCCCCAGCUGGCCUAGCCCCCUGCCGCGCCCCCCCAAGCAGGCCUAGCCACCCCCACUCCCCCACCGCCAAGCCCUUCCAGCAGGCCUAGAGGCCCCCGCUGUGCCCCCCAAUAAAGCCAGCCUGAGGGGAGGCCGCUGCUUAUUCCCUGCCCUGCCUGACUCCCUCAGCCACGGGCUCUCGGGGGUCUCUUGGGUGGACAGUGGGGCCAUCAAGGCAGCGGGGAAAAUGGACGAGGAUGGCAGGAGGCACAGAUGGGGAAGGAGCAGAGGGGGCAGCCUUCAUUGGAGCCUCCACCCUGCUCGGCGGGCGGCCACAGUAACUGCCGAGCUCCCGGGAGGCGCUGGCCUCCUUGGAGCCUUGAUGGUGCCUGAUGGGCUUCAGGAACUCAGCCAGCCCGUCCAUUAUCCUUCCUUCCAGUGUCCUCCUGGCUCCCCUGCUUGACCCACCCUUCCCUAACAGUCAGCAGCACCUGUCGUGGGGCUCCGGGGUGGGGGGGGGAUGGUACAUUUGGAGGUAGAGUCACUCGGUCAGCUGGCGUGCGAUGCCAGGCGCUGGGUGAGCUUCAUAUACGUGCGAGGCGUCUCCUUCACCCUGGAGGGUAAUGAUGGUCCCGGCGCAGAUCACGAGGUCCACAGACAGGCAGUGCAAGGGGUGGGGGGCUGCUCCCCCGUUGCCGUCAAGGACUUACCUUUACUCUGCAAGGGCCCGAGGCCAGGUCUGGCACACAGUAAAUGUUCAAUAGCAGUGAGUCCCAGAAGAGGCCAGCAGAGACCUCUUCUACACGGCUGUCACCAAAAUCCUCAUAAGAAAUGUCUGACAUUUACGUUUCAUUAACAACAGAGCUAAACUCAAGGAAGAAUGAAUAACCCUUCCCAAGUGUUUCUUGGGAGCAAUGGAAAUACUUUGUAAACUGAGCAGUUAAAACUUCAGCAGUGCGGACACCUCACCACAUUCCGAAAGGGGCCAAAGCCAUGGCUCACAGAAUGUUGGCUCCCCAAGUGUGGUUCCUCUUUCACUUCCUCCUCCUCAUUUGGGAGUUUGUUAAAAAAUGCAAACUCUCGUGCUCGCUUUGGCAGCACAUAUACUAAAAUUGGAACGAUACAGAGAAGAUUAGCAUGGCCCCUGCGCAAGGAUAAAAAAAAAAAUGCAAACUCUCAGGCCUGAGACCUACAAAAUCAGAUUCUAGGUGGGGGUGCAGGUAGGCCUUCAGAUGAUUCUGAUGCACGUUCAGGUUUGAGAAUCACUGAUCUCUAGAAUUUUGUUACCUAAAGUAACCACAGGUCACCACCUCUCCCAGGUCCCAGCUUGACCUGAUCUAGAAUCUGCAUUUUAACAAACUCCCCAGGUACUGGUUGUACACAUUAGAGUCAAAGUGCUGAUCUAAUUAGACCUGAGAAGGUUUAAUAUCUAGUCUCAGAAAUGAAGGAGGGACUAAUGUACAUCAAACAACAGAGAGGAUUAAAAUAAUGACUGGAAUGCAUACGUAACACAGACGACACAGGGAGCAGUUCCUGCCCUACACCUCCAUCAGCAGGACACACCACCACCUGAGUGGGAACUCUGUUCUCAGACAGUCCUAUCAAAAGUUUCUCCUUAACUGGAAUCAGCCCCCCAGGGCUUCCCACCCGUGAGCCCAGCCACAUGCCCUCUGACCUGACCAGAGGAAUGGGCCUCUCCUAGGUCAGGGAGAGCAAGAGUUUGUAUGGCUUUUCUCCAGACUGCCCAUACGUGAUUGAGUUACUCCCCUUGUCUGCCUCUUUCCAUUCUGCCAACAAUUUACACCAAAGUUCCGUAGGACUUCGGACUGGUUUCCCAUUGCUGCUGUAACAAACUACCCCUCAUAGUGGAAUAAAACAGCAUAAACAUUAAUAA